AGAGACCAGAAGGAACCAGGGAGUUUCGUUCAGUCUCACUGGAGAGGAGGCAGGGACAGACCUAGCAGCACCCAUCUGAGCAAGAACAGACACUGCUCCUGGAAUCACCCAGCAUGUUGCAAGGUCUCCUGACAGUCAGUUUCUUCCUCUCUCCUGUUCUAGUAAGUGCUAUAAAAGAACUUCCUGGCUUGAAGAAGUAUGAAGUGGUUUAUCCUACAAGACUUCAUCCACUACGCAAAAGAAGAGACAUCAAAGAACCAGGGCAGCAGGAACAAUUUGAAACUGAAUUAAAAUAUAAAAUGACAGUUAAUGGAAAAAUUGCGGUGCUUUAUUUGAAAAAAAACAAGAAUCUCCUUGCACCAGGCUACACAGAAACAUAUUAUAAUUCCACUGGAAAGGAGAUCACCACAAGCCCACAAAUUAUGGAUGAUUGUUAUUAUCAAGGACAUAUUGUUAAUGAAAAGGUUUCUGACGCUAGCAUCAGCACAUGUAGGGGUCUAAGGGGCUACUUCAAUCAGGGGAAUCAAAGAUAUUUUAUUGAACCUUUAAGCCCCAUAAAUCGGGAUGAACAGGAGCAUGCACUCUUCAAGUAUGACCCUGAUGAAAAUAAUUAUAACAGCACCUGUGGAAUGGAUGGUGUGCUGUGGACCCAUGAUUUUCAGCAGAACAUUGCCCUACCUGCCACCAGACUAGUAAAAUUGAAUGAUGGGAAGGUUCGUGAACAUGAGAAAUAUAUAGAAUAUUAUUUGGUCCUGGAUAAUGGUGAGUUUAAAAAGUACAAUGAGGAUCAAGAUGAGAUCAGAAAGAGGGUGUUUGAGAUGGCUAAUUAUGUCAACAUGCUUUAUAAAAAGCUCAAUACUCACGUGGCCUUAGUUGGUAUGGAAAUCUGGACUGACAAGGAUAAGAUAAAGAUAACCCCAAACGCAAGCUUCACCUUGGAAAAUUUUUCUAAAUGGAGGGGGAGUGUUCUCUCGAGAAGAAAGCAUCAUGAUAUUGCUCAGUUAAUCACAGCCACAGAACUUUCUGGAACGACUGUGGGUCUUGCGUUUAUGUCUACAAUGUGCUCUCCUUAUCAUUCUGUUGGCAUUGUUCAGGAUCACAGUGACAAUCUUCUUAGAGUUGCAGGGACAAUGGCCCAUGAAAUGGGCCACAACUUUGGAAUGUUUCAUGACAACCAUUCUUGCAAGUGCCCUUCUACAAGAUGUGUGAUGGACAAAGCACUGAGCUUCCAUAUACCCACAGACUUCAGCUCCUGCAGCCGUGUCAGCUAUGACAAGUUUUUUCAAGAUAAAUUAUCAAAUUGCCUCUUCAAUGCUCCAUUGCGUACAGAUAUCAUAUCCACCCCGAUUUGUGGGAACCAGUUGGUGGAAAUGGGAGAGGACUGUGAUUGUGGGACUUCUGAGGAAUGUACCAACAUUUGCUGUGAUGCUAAAACAUGUAAAAUCAAAGCAAGUUUUCAAUGUGCCUUAGGAGAAUGUUGUGAAAAAUGCCAAUUUAAAAAGGCUGGGAUGGUGUGCAGACAAGCAAGAGAUGAGUGCGACCUGCCUGAAAUGUGUGAUGGUAAAUCUGGUAAUUGUCCUGAUGAUAGAUUCCAAGUCAAUGGCUUCCCUUGCCAUCAGGGGAAGGGCUACUGCUUGAUGGGGGCAUGUCCCACACUGCAGGAGCAGUGCACUGAGCUGUGGGGACCAGGAGCUGAGGUUGCAGAUAAGUCAUGUUACAGCAGGAAUGAAGACGGGUCAAAGUACGGGUACUGUCGCAAGGUGGACGGCACACCCGUUUCCUGCAAAGCAAAUGAUACCAUGUGUGGGAAGUUGUUCUGUCAAGGUGGGUCAGAUAAUGUGCCCUGGAAGGGACGGAUAGUGACUUUCCUGACAUGUAAAACAUUUGAUCCUGAAGACACAAGUCAAGAAAUAGGCAUGGUGACCAAUGGAACUAAGUGUGGCCAUAACAAGGUUUGCAUUAAUGCAGAAUGUGUGGAUAUCGAGAAAGCCUACAAAUCAACCAACUGCUCAUCUAACUGCAAAGGACAUGCUGUGUGUGACCAUGAGCUCCAAUGUCAAUGUGAGGAAGGAUGGGCCCCCCCCAACUGUGAUGAUUCCUCAGUUGUCUUCCACUUCUCCAUUGUGGUUGGGGUGCUGUUCCCAAUGGCGGUCAUUUGUCUGGUGGUUGCUAUAGUAAUCCGGCACCAGAGCUCCAGAGAAAAGCAGAAGAAGGACCAGAGGCCACUAUCUACCACUGGGACCAGAUCAUACAAACAGAAGAGGAAACCCCAGAUGGUAAAGGCUGUCCAACCCCAAGAGAUGAGUCGGAUGAAGUCCCAGGUGUAUGAUCUGCCAUUAGAAGGCAAUGAGCCCCCAGCGUCUUUUCUAAUUACAAAGCCAGAUUUUCCACCACCACCGAUUCUUGCACCUAUGUCAUCUUCUUCUUUCCUUCAUAAAGACACAAAAGCACUUCCCUCUACUGUUUUCAAGGAUAGUCCAAUGUCUACACCAAAGAACUCAAAUCCAAAAGCAUGAAGUAACAACUAGCAAGAACUCAUGGCUAAAUUAUCAACUUGGAAAACUGGAAAAUCGAAUAACAGAGACAUACUUAUUUCUCAAUAGUAUUGCUCUUGACUCAAGGAGGUUAACAUUUUCUGAUUCAUGUUAUGCUUUGAAGAGACUGAAGAAAAUGUUCAAGGGUGACAUGCCUGAGAACCUUUGCAUGAAUUUAAAAUUUCAAUUAUCCAUACUUACAAGAAGGAAGAUGAUUGCAAAGAAAUCUCUCUGAAGUUAAAAUCUUUAAUAGGAAUUGAUUCAUUCUCUAAUGAAAACAAAACAAAAUACAUCACACUAAUCUUGGAGGAAUAAGAGAAAAAUUGUACAUCCAUUAUUAAAUGAGUAGCAACAUCCUGAUCAUUUUAACCAUUAACUUGUCAAAUUAGAAUCUCAGUUAAGAAAAUGAUGUAAACAUUGUGUGUUGUGCAUUUCUUUCUUACAUUAGCUCCUGAAAUCAUUGUUGGCUAUAUCAUUUGUAGUUUUUUACACUUGAGUACCACUAUGAAUUAAAAAAAUGUUUUAUCAUAUAUAUUUGUGUAAUUACUGGCAUGGUUAAAGUGGUGUUCACUUUCUAAAUUUAGAAAAUUUUAGUUAAAUUCAUAAAAUAAACCAGAGGUUUCAAACUGGUAAGCUGCAGGGCAUGUUUGGACUGCAAAUGUAUUUUAUUUGGUCUGAAUGAUACUGGACACAUAGUACUUUUAAAUGUUUUGAAUGUAUUGCUAAUAUUUACAAAUUGAGAGAUCUUGCAUAAACAUCCAGAUUCCCAGCUUUGUCAGAUGUAAUCACAAAGUAAUCCGACUCUUUUUCAACAAUAGAAUCACGUUGCCUAUAUCAACCAUCAGCUUAGUUGAUGGGUAAUGUAGCAAACACUAUGGCUUGCCAGCAAAAUAACCCCCUUCUUCCUGGCUUUUAGAACCCUAAUUUUGUUCACCUGCUCACUUAUAGGAACGAACCUCCUAACCAUCUCCUGGUUAAAACCCUAUCCAUUUAAGUCAAUUAUGAUGACCUCAUUUUCCCAUACUAGUGGUUGUCUUGGAGAUGAUUUUAUAAUCCUCCCCCUUUUUUCCCAGUAAGAUGAGAAAGGAGUUAUGUCAAAACAUUGCUGGAAAAUUUUUCCUCAUCCCUUUUUCUGGAUAUGGGCUUCUGAAUACUCUAUCUGGUACUGCUGCACUCCACACUGCGAUUAUGAAGGCUGAAGAAGAUACAGCAGAAAGAUGAAAAGAAUAAAACCUGACCUUUCAAUGAUGUCAUUGAUCUGGUAGAUUAAUGACUGCUGGAGUUACCUCACACUUUCUUAGUACUCCUGGUUAUAUGAUCCAUUAAUUUUCCUUGUUGUUUAAGCCAUUUUGAGUUAAAUUUUCAGUCCCUUUAAACAGAGAACAUCUUACCUAGUAAAGUAGCUGUUUCUGUAAUCAAGGACCAUGCUUUAGUUUAACAUCACAUGUACAGUUUUUCUUGGAUGUGUCUGCUUCACCCAUUUCCAUCACUUAACUGGUCCCCACAGGCCUGUCUCUUCAUUAGGAACUUUAUGGUUUAUUUACCCUUGCAGUCUGAGGUUCUAGAUGAGCUCACUCUGGCCUCAAAGGUGAAGCUCAAUCCUCAGGAAAUCCAGAGUCCACUGUUCAAAUCACUGUCAAGGCUAGAGCCUUUCUUUCCAUGUGGCUUUUGCACAAGAACAACUUAAAAUGUAUAGUUUUAACUGCCCUGUGAGGUUUUGGAAGACCCUCUCCUGAAAAAGAAAUAAAUCCCUAUUUCCUGGAAAGC